AUGGGCGAACGGCGGCAUCGCCGCCCUGAACCAGCUGAGCGGCCACUCGUCUCCUGCGCCUGCACCGCCUGGGUUGAUGGCUUCGGCGGCGCAGGCGAGCGCGAGGGAUCGCACCUCUCGGGCCUAUCAACAUUUUCCCCGCCCUCCUGGAUAUCAGGAGGAUCAUCGUCUGGCGAAGCAGCCUCGACAGAGUUGCUCGCGUCGGCGCCUGGCUACUCCGCGGAGGCCCAGCGCGUUGGGCCCUACAACGAGGACCUGGUGUCCUGGCCUGACCUCUCAGAGCAGCCAGUCGAAGUCGCUGAUCUCUCUGGGGGGGCCGAGCGCGAAUGUUCGUCGGGAUGGAGACGGGCCGCGCUCAAUGGUGAGUCGUCUGCUUCGGCCUCGAGAUCGGCGCCAGCGCCGCAGCGUCCUUACGUCGAUCCUAUUUUGGCCAACGGCCCCAGAGCCCACGCUGGCUUCGGUGGGGAGACGCGGCAGGGAAGCGUGAUCAGCUUCCGCGUGGCACGCGCUGCUGAUCCGUAUAGCUUGGGAUGUUGCUUUGUCGAGAAAGUUGGCGAGGGCGCGCUGCGCCUCGUCUUCGACGCGCGCGUGGCGAACGAGGGCUCCGCGGCGCCGCCCGAGACCGCGCUGCCCGCGGCGCGCGCCUUUUACCGCGCGCUCGUGACCGAGGGCAUGGAGGAGCUCUUCGCGCCCCAUGCUAUCUCUCAUCGCAUGCUGAAUAUCAAGCAGAUCGACGGGCGGCCCGUGUCUCCUGACUGCGUCCUCCAGCCGAUGACGCGCGUCUCGCCGAUGGGCUGGAGCUGGUUGCUUCUCUUCUGCCGGGGCAUCUUGCGCAGGGCCCUCGUGCGCAGCGGCUUCGGCGACGGUGGCCUCGUCGAGGACGGCCGCCCUAGCCCCGCCCUCCUGGCGAGGGGCAGCGCGGCUGCAGCCGGCAACGCGGGCAACCUCGCCAUCGUCGGCGGCGACGCGGAGACCGUCGCCGCGAGGAGGGGCGAGGUCACCAGGAUGUUGGAGGUUUGGGAGCUUCUCGUUCGCUCGAUCAGAGUCGCCUCCUCCGUCUCCGCUUUCACGGGCCUCGAGAUUAACGGCGGCCUCGGGGCCGCGGGG